UUCCAGCUAAUCAGUUUUUGCUCUCUCUCCUCGAAAGGCACCUGGCGCUCUGCUCUCUUGGAAUUUAUCUUAUCGGGACGCUUUUCGUUCAGUUGUGAGUCACAGCCGAUGGUUCCGAGUGUCAGUUAGCUCCGCACCGUCUGGCAGACACCUUGAAUCUGAAUCUACGCUCGAUCCUCCUCAGCAUUUGAUUGUUUUUUCCGGUAUUGAAAUGUGUGAUCCCCAAGACAGCAGGAAUCUCUUUGCGGGCAUUCUUAUAGAUGCCAUAACCCAGGAUGUCCUCACCCGAGGUGUGGAGCCCCUGGUCAACACAGUUUUCUCCCCUGCAUCUGUCCAAAGUUGCCUGACGCUGGCCUACCUGGGUGCCUCAGGAUCGACGGCUGAGGAGCUCAGGAAUGUCCUACAACUCGGUCCCGGUGACCGGCAUCACAUUGCCCGCACCUUCGGGGAGUUCUGGCGGACGAGCUGCAACUAUGGUGCCAGGGGACCCGUCCUGAAGUCAGUCAACCGACUGUACGUGAACGCUGCCCUGGAACUGAAGCCGGAGUUUAACGAGAUGGCCAUGGACUUCUUCCAAUCUAAGGCGAAGCCGGCACAUUUUGCCGACUCGGCAGCAGCAACGCUGAAGAUCAAUAACUGGGUGGAGCGGCAGACGGAGCACAAAAUAUGUAACUUGCUGCAGGCGGACGCAGUGAACGAGGAGACGAGCGCCGUGCUCAUCAACGCUCUGUACUUCAAGGGACUUUGGCAGAAGCCCUUCAUGCCAGAGUCCACACAGAAAGAGAACUUCUAUGUGGACCUUUCCAACCGCGUUCCGGUUGAUAUGAUGUACCAGGAGGAUAAGUUUAAGUUCGCCGACCUGCCACACUUGAAGGCGAGAGCCGUGCAGCUGCCGUACGACUACUCAAACGUCCACAUGCUCAUCCUGCUGCCCAAUGAUAAAUGUGGUCUGCACUAUCUGGAGAGUCGUUUAAAGGAAGUGGACUUGGCCGACAUUGAUGCGGGGAUGACCAUGCAGGACGUGGAAAUUUCCCUGCCUAGGAUGACCAUUGAGUACGAUGUGGACCUUAAGAAUAUACUAAAACAGAUUGGCAUUGAAGAAGUCUUUAGCGACAAGGCUCUCCUGGACGGACUUUUCACGUCUCGGAAAGGACAGAAGAUCUCGGCGGCCAAGCACCGUGGCUACAUUAGUGUCAAUGAGGCUGGCUCAGAAGCGGCAGCCGUCACCUUUAUGAAGAUCGUGCCCAUGAUGCUGAAUAUGAAUAAGAGGCAGUUCAGGGCGGAUCAUCCGUUUGUGUUCUACAUUCGCAGUGCCCAGGCAGUGUUCUUUGCCGGCCGAUUCGUGACCCCGGUGAGGGACUCCGAGGAAGAUUCGGAAGAAGGGGUAGGAGAUGUUGCUUCAUCGCAUGCCUUAUAAGUCAGUGUAUAGUGUAUAGUUUAGGAACGAGGCAGAGAGACCCAAUAAAAGUGUGUCAACAGCUGGGAAA